AUGAGGGGCCGCAUAGUGUCGGUAAUUGGGGAGCGUUUGCCUUUGGAUCUCCUGACACACCGUCCCCUUAGUCCAGCACAGCUGGCUGAGAUCCAGGUUCUCCUGUCUUCCAAAUCUAUAGCCAGCUUUGCAUUUACAUUUUGUCACCUCGUGCACUGGGUCGCGUUUGGCCAAACCCAGCGUGAUGCGUCGGAAGGAAAUGAAGACGAUAGGGCCCACAGCACAAACGAGUGCGUCGAGUGCCAAGAAACUGACGGUCAUUCUCCAAAUUUUCCGGGCAGUCAAACUGUUCUUCUUGGCGCAGCCAAAGCAGCUACGCUGAAAGACCGUUCCGGGUCAUCUGAAGAAACUUGCUGGAAUAAAGGCCAAGAACAAGCGAGGAAGGAAAAAACACCUUUCACGGCGGAAGAGCCUCACCCGCCCACUCAGGUGGACCCCAACUCCCCGGAAAGUAUUUUAAAAGAGGAAUUAAUGCGCCUUCGGGGUGCAGAAGGCAGUGGAGGCAGCUUAAUAUUUGGAAGUUCUACUCGACUACUCAGGAGAUAUGGCGUACUUGAACAUCCGUCAGAAACAGAGCCGAGUGGAGAAGCGCAUGCAGUAGAAAGCUGCGAAGAGCUCCUUUGCUCUGAAAAUUCCCAAGCGAUCGUAAUCUGGCCUAAGGAAGAUGAUGGCUUCAGGUUUCCUGCGAUCGACGCCCAUCCACUUACGCAGCAGCUUCAAAAAAAACUGGAAAAGUACCAGGCCAACUGUCCUAAGCCGCCAGCGUCUACAGCCGAAUGUUUUCAUACCCUGUGUACACCAUUGGAUCUUAGAGAGUGUACACAACAGAUAGAGUCGGAAGUAAAAAAUCUGCAAGAUAAAGUCUACAAACAGCCAUCGUUCCUGCAGCUAAAACACGAAGGCCCGCCGGCGGCAGGGGAACCAGCACUCCAAGAAGAAGAUCUACAGCACAAGUUGCUACGUCUGCAGACGGAGCAGCAGGAGCUUCUCAAUCGCCUAGAUCCUAAAGCAUUCGAUCCCAUUAGUAACUGGAACUGCCCAGGAACUCUCCCGCGGUUGCCACAGGAACCACAAAGGCAGAGUGUCGGUCCUCUGUCAACGAUGCGCAACAAACUUCACUCAACCAGCCGCACCAAGCUGUACGAAAUGGUCGGCGCCUUUCGGAAUUCCGAUCAGAGGAUACGUGCGCUCACGCAGCAAGACAGGCGGCAUCAUUACAUGUACUCAGAGUUACAAGGGCCUCCUAUGGUUCGUUCAUUGACAACAGAUGAUCAGAAAGAGCUACAGAACAGCUCUGAUUCGCUUUGGACGGUUGUUUCAGUUGCGAAACGAUCACAUAAAAAACGUUCAUCCCCCGCAAAAGUCCGCGAGAAAUCGUGCGGAUUGACGACGGCGCAAAAACAGGCAAGCGUCAAGCAACGUCCCGUGACACCCGUGUCAAGACAGCAAAAGAAGAAAAAGGAGGUCAAGGACCUACAAGGAGGAGACAACUUGCUAGAUGGCAUAAAGUCCUACACCAAGGUUAUUGAAGAAGGAUUCCAGAGACAACAGAUUACCACUUUCGAGCAGCAGGAAGGAAAACAGCAGCAGCAGCAACGCCAGCGACCUGAGCAGCAAAUUGUUCCACGAGCGCAAAGGAACCGUGCCACAGUUACAGGGUACUGCGGCGAACGUAUAUCGGGAGCGCCCAGCUACACACAGCACUACAAGCCCACAGCUCCACAACUGAGAAGGCACACCACAGGGGAGACUCCUGUGACUAACAUGUACCCCUCACGCCAACAUUCGGAGUCCUGA